CCGCGCCCGCCGCCGCCGCCCAGGCGCCGCCCGCGGCGGCCGCGCAGGCGCCCGGGAUCCUCGCCCCGGAGUACAAAGAGAUCAUCGCCAACAUCAUGGACUUCAAGGUGGACGUCAAGCUGGAGGUGCAGCGCCUGCAUCAGAAGGUGGGCCGCAUGGAGGAGCUGCUGGCCGAGGUACUGUCCCGGCUGGCGCCGCCCAGCACGGCGUCCACCUCCUCCGCCACGUCGCAGUCGCCGCCUCAGGACGACCCGAGCGGCGACCCCACCAACCCUCCGCCC